CCGUGCUUGGUAGCAUCAGGCGGGAGGUUUCAUUGCAUGCGUUAGGGGAGUGGAGGAGCAGUGGGAGCAUCGUGAAGCGAAGCCGAGCGGAGCAAAGCCACGAAGGCUAAGGAGGGUGAAGUGGGAGGAAGACGAGAGAGACGAGGACUAGUAGAGCGAGGAUCACGGCGAUGGCUGCGUCGACGAGAGCGAUGGCGGCCUUCCUCUUGGGCGCGGUCAUUGUGCUUCUCGGUAGUACAGCACGGGCAGCAGCUCAGCCAGAGGCUGCAAUCACGUCCUUCACAUACAUGGGCUCCGGAUGUCCAGCGAAUUCCGCCGUUGGGGAGAUCAGCAAGGACGGGCAAGUACUUACCAUGAAGUUCAGCGAGUUCAGCGCAACGACGGACGCAGGCAUUGCGGGGAAACGGAGGAACUGCCAGAUCAACAUCAAGAUGACGUAUCCCUCUGGCUGGAUUUAUUCCCUGGAGACGGUCACGCUCCGGGGGUACGCGAGGCUUGACGACAUGGUGAAGGGGGUCCACAGGGUGAGCUAUUAUUUCACGGGAGAGCCGGGGCAAGGAAAGUUCACCAAGGAGACGGUGGGCGAGUACGACGACAACUACGAGCAUUCGGGUCCGUUCUCCCCACUUAUCUCGAGCAAGUGCGGCCUGAACCGAAAUCUCAACGUCAAUAUGGAGGUGAAAGUCGACAACGGAGCUAACCCGUCGGGGCAAGGAUUCAUCGAUGUGGACACGGUAGACACCACCGUGUCCUUCAAGGUGAAAUGGGAGGCGUGCUCCUGAGMKACGCAUGCUGUCGAGACACGUGCAAAGCUUAGACAAUCAAGGAGUCUGUUCGGGCCGCAUGCUCUGCUUCAGCUCCGCUGAGCUUUCGACGGCGAACUCGGUGUUUUGGCUGUAUUGUCAAAAUUUGGGAGUAGAACUACGUUGUAUGUACUAGCGCUCGUUUUUCACUCCAUCCGACGGGGUUCGAUCGUCGGACCUCUUGUUGUUUGAAAUUACACUUAUUCCGCCCAGGCGAACAAGCGUUACGUUGUCGC